UAAUUUUGUUUUUAUCAAAAGAGGUGGUAGAGGUCCUGGACGAAACCCUUUUUUCUUGACUGACUUUCUAACGAUAAUUCACUGCUUGAACACCCCACCCACGACUUUUUAGAAACAAAAUUUUGUUUCUCACUUUUGUGCUCUGCUGCAGAUUACUCUGCACUUUCUGAGUUUGAUUCCUAUGUUGUUGUCCUCUCCAAUAUAUAUGGUAGCUACAAAGAACGGUACUGAGAAGGAUUACUGAUCUUCAAAACCCAGUUUUGUCUUUUGGUCCAUUUUUUUCCAUGGAGAUAAUGAUUGAGUACUGUAGACUGAAUAUACAUUUGUAUGCUUGUGAUGUCAGAAUUUGACAUUUGGGUAUCAGAAAUCAAACCCUCAUGUUUCUCAUAUGCUUAUCAUAUCUACUUAUUCAACUGUGGAUUGAGUGAUUGAAAAGCUACUGAUCUUCAAAACCCAGUUUUGCAGUUAAUGAUUGAAGAAGUGUAGACUGAAUAGUAGAGAAUCGAUUUUUGGUGUUAAUGUGAAGGCAAUAUACAUUUUGUAUGCUUAUAAUGUCAAAAUUUGACAUUUGGGUAUCAGAAAUCAAACUCUUAUGUUUCUCUUGAAGAUAGUUACAUCUCAACCAUCUUCUCUCAAUUGAUACACAAAUUGAUACUUAAGAGGUGUAAUGAGUGAAUUUUGAUCUAGGUUUACCAUUGAUAUAGAAGGGGAUUUUUUUUGGUGAAAUUGAGUUUCAUGGAGGGUCCAUCGAGGCAACAGAGCUUCCGGAGGAAGAAGAUGACGAAGCAGUUAACAGGGAAACGAGGCGACAAGACUUUGCAUUCGGCUGCAAGAGCAGGGAAUUUGGAGGUGGUUUUGGAAUUACUCACUAUAAAUGGAGAUGAAGAGUUGAAGGAGUUGUUGUCCGAGCAGAAUCAAUCCGGUGAAACGGCCCUUUAUGUUGCUGCUGAAUAUGGUUAUGUUGAUUUGGUGAAGGAGAUGAUGAAAUAUUAUGAUAUUGCAUCUGCUGGUAUCAAAGCUAAAAAUGGGUAUGAUGCUUUCCACAUUGCUGCCAAGCAAGGAGACUUGGAGAUAUUGAAAGUCCUCAUGGAGACCCAUCAUGAUCUUUCAAUGACAUUUGAUCAAUCAAACACCACGGCAUUGCACAGUGCUGCAGCACAAGGCCAUAUCGAGGUGGUCAAUUUCUUGUUAGAAAAAAACAGUAGCCUGGCCACCAUUACAAGAAGCAACGGCAAAACUGCCUUGCAUUCUUCAGCAAGAAAUGGGCAUUUGGAGGUUGUAAAGGCCCUAUUGAGAAAAGAACCAGGAAUUGCAUUGAGGAAUGAUAAGAAGGGGCAGAUGGCUCUUCACAUGGCGGUUAAGGGACAGAGUGUUAAGGUGGUUGAUGAGCUUAUUGAGUUCAAUGCUGAUUUGAUAACGAUGUUUGACAGCAAAGGCAACACUCCACUGCAUAUAGCAACCCGAAAGGGUCGUGCACAGAUUGUUCAGGCACUACUGAACCGCAAGGGAAUCGAUAAACAAGCCAUCAACAGAUCAGGAGAAACCACUCUUGACAUUGCUGAGAAAAUGGGGCACUCAGAGAUUGCAAUUAUCCUACAGGAACAUGGAGUCCUGAAUGCAAAAUCCAUGAAGUCCACACCUACAACAAAUACAGCCAGGGAAUUAAAGCAAACUGUAAGUGAGAUCAAACACGAGGUACACGACCAGCUUAAGCACACACGCCAAGCACGAAGGGGUGUACAAGGUAUAGCCAAGAGGCUUAACAAAAUGCAAGCGGAAGGGCUUAACAAUGCCAUCAACUCCACCACAGUUGUUGCUGUUCUCAUUGCUUCUGUUGCCUUCGCUGCUAUUUUUGUUGUCCCUGGCCAGUAUGCCAGCGACCCCACAAAUCUUCCUCCUGGAUUCUCUCUAGGAGAAGCAAAUGUUGCUCCAAAAGCCCCGUUCAUUCUUUUUUUCAUAUUUGACUCGCUUGCGCUCUUCAUAUCAUUGGCUGUUGUAGUCUUUCAAACAUCAGUUGUAGUUGUAGACAGGAAGGCAAAGAAGCAAAUGAUGUCUGUCAUUAACAAGCUCAUGUGGUUGGCUUGCGUGCUCUUGUCAGCGGCUUUUCUUUCCCUGUCUUUCAUUGUUGUAGGAAACGAGAGGUGGUUGGCAAUUGGAGUGACAGUUAUUGGUACAGUUAUCAUGUCAACGACAUUGGGAACAAUGUGUUAUUGGGUGAUUAUGCACCGAAUUGAGGCUUCCAAUUUGAGGAGCAUCCACAGAUCAUCCAGGAGUAGCAGAUCACUAUCAUUGUCCAUGUCAGCAAUGUCAGAUACAGAAAUUCUGAGCAAUGACUAUAAGAAACUCUAUGCAAUUUGAGGUUAACAAGGCAUGUAUGAUGUUUCCUUUUUUGACCACUUCGUUAGUAUUUCUGCUCUGUUCCUUUGUAUUUUUGCAGUUCUCCCCCCUUGCAUGUAUAUAUCUUUGUAAGAUUACGUGAAGAAAGUAACUGUAAUUGCCGGUCUAUGAAAGUGCACUGCAAUAGAAUGUAACAAGCAGAAGAGAUCUGUAAUCUUUUUAUGAUCAAUGUACUUAACUAAGAUCAACUUCUUGAUCAGCUUAUCACAUUGUCCCAUCUUGUAAA